GAAAGCGCCAUUCUCACGACACGACACCCGACAUCACCCCUUCGGACGAUUUUCCUUCGAACAACUACACAGAAUCGUACCCGCUCGACGUGCGACGAGAUGCGUGCCUCCCAGAUCCUGCGCGCAGGCGGUGGUGAGAAGAGGCCAGGCCAAUACCUUGGACCAUGGGGUGCACUGGGAUCAAUGCCUCAGAAGGGCAUUGUACACUACGGAAUUUCAGCAAAUCGCACCAACCCACUCGCUGGCACAUUCAAAGCAGCCAUCUUCAACACUUUCCGACGGACACGUGGGCAAAUCCUGUACUGGGCUAUUCCCAUGCUUAUCGCAUAUGAGUCCAUGAACUGGGCAACUGAGAAGAACGAGUACUACAACUCCAAGGCAGGACGUGCAGAAUUUGGCGAGGAGGUGUAAGCGAGGUCGACGGCUGCAACGAGGGGAAGCACCCACAGAUCCGUGUACAUAUACAAGCGUGUAUCAAGGCCUACCAAUUUGUCUUCAAGGUCCAGCAGCAUUGCGCAAAGCGAGCGACCUGUCCGUGCUGUGCUUCGGAUAGUGAAUCGGCUUCCCGAUGAGAGGCGAAGCCUAGCGACCAAAUUCUUUAUGUUGAGAAACUUUCGACGGCCGGUCCCGAUACUCUCCUUCAAGUCUCGAGGCCAUUGGAUUGACAUGUUCCCAGCUGAUUGGAACGACUGUAUUUCUGCCGACACGCAGUAGGACUUUCGGCGGGAAACGGAGGCGGCGCACAUUUGGGGGACCCAACAGGCGCG